AUGUCAAGUCGUCUGCUGCGACGAGAUGAACAGUUUGUCUCGGAAACUGUGCUUAGACGUUGGUCUGGUUUAAUCAUCCUCAGUUUUUUCGAACUAGUUUCUCUUCAAUCAUUGCUGUGUGUGGCGCAGACGGUGGAUUUAAUACGCAACUUUCCUCUUUAAGUGAAUGAAGAGUCGACUAUGCAUCUGCGAGCAUGAAAAUUCUUGCCCUUCUGUUGGCCAUUUUACCACUGGCCAUUGGAGACGACUUCACAAUCCGAACGCUUGAGAAGAUAAACAGCGAAGAAUCUCCUCUUUUAAGAGUCUGCUUUGAUGGUCACCUGACAACUGACUUGAAAAAUCCGAGUAGAUUCAAGCUGCAGAUUAGCAACAACUUCACGCAGACAGUCGUCCCCUCAUUAUCUGUUGUCAGUGAACAAUGUCAGACGUUCAAAAUCAACCUCGAGCAUUAUUCGGGUCCCACGAGCUUCUUGCUGACGUUGCAAAAUCGCCUGGCCAGGAAAAAUGAAACACUUGGCCAUGGAAGCGUUACGGUUACACUGAAGAGCAUCAACUUCACGUCUGUGUGGGUUGGGAGCUUGAAGGAAAGACAAGACAGGCGAUCGGUCCGUAUACAGCACGACUACAAAGCAAGCAAGAGAGAGAAGCUCAAAGCCAGCCUUGUUGGCUUUGACACUGAAAAAGUUUUCAGCUGCAAAAGUUCACCCUGCUAUGUAGUCGAUGUGGAAGACGGCCACAGGUAUCACGAAGUUCAACUUUGCCUGUCCAAUGUCGCUUCGACCGACACCAAGGGAUGCCAAGUUUGCGAAAGGAAGGCCCCAGAGAAUUCUGAAGAGCAGCUUGUACUAGAUUUACCAGAGCCGGAUUCAAUUGUGCUGACGUACGGGCAAGAUGGAAAGCCCUACAUCUCCGUCGCUGGUCCUUUUGACGACGCCACGGUGUCCCUGGAAAUCGUUCUUUACAGAGGGGAAGGUAAAACGUACCAUCUUAUAUCGGCCGCGUGUAACGCCUCUUCAAAAGGCGGAGGUAAACUUUGCAGAAGCCCAAAUAUCGUUCGCUUGGACGGACAAGGCCAGUAUAAGGUUCUCCUGGUAGCUCUCGACCAGGAUGGGAAAGUCACACACUCUUCGGUUGCCUCUUUUGAAAAUUUCGCAACCAAAGUUGCCCAGGUGUCUUCUGACCUCAUUGAGGUGAGAUGGAAAGCUGCCGAGGGAGGUGCAUACGAAGUCAGUUUGAAUCAGGACGUUCCCGGCGGGUACAACAACGUCACUGUGCAUUGCGGUGGCAUGAACAGCUCCUCUUGCUCAGUAUAUUUCACGAAACUCGACCAGAAGACCUAUGAGGUCCAGGUGAAGAAGAAUGACAGCGCCCACAACGCCGUUGCCAGGGUGACAACGCUUCAGGAAGAAAUACGCGAACACCUGAGAGUCUUCAGCGUCCUCCGUGGCCUCCCAAAUAUGCCAGACGAUCACAUGAACCUGACAGUUUGCAUCGAGGAAACGAUCGACAGCCGCAGUUACGACCUCAUCCUGAUUGACCGCUGGGGAGCAACGCUGAGGACGAAGAGUAGUCUCAAGGGGUCUCACAUUCUCUGCUUCCCUCCUGUCACCAUAGACUCCAGCAGCUUCGACCUCUCUCGUGAGGUCCGGAUUCUAGUGAAGUCCGAAAUGUUUCUUCAGUCGUUCUACGGAGAAAGCGAACUUUUUCUCUUGGGUUUGAGUCAAAGAGACGACAACAAGAUGCUCACGGUGGACCAAGUCGGCAAGCGAACUGUCAGAGUCAAAUGGCUGAACCUGAACGACGGACAAGUUGCCAUUGGCAAUGUCUUCUCUCUAACUGAGGAUGCCAUUGUACGGUCGACUAACAGAAUUAGCUGUCAAUACAGAGGCGAGUGUGGGAAGUACUUGCACUUCAGGAGCAAAACAGUUUCCUUCCAGAUCACGGAGAUGGCCGAGAAUUUGCAGAUCAUACACGCGCAGAUGCAUUUUGCAAACAUCUUACCCAUCAAGAUCAUCAGCUCCACGAUCGACUGGGCAGGACGGGUCAAAGUUUGUUUUCAUAAAGUCAAAGAGGCCUACCGGUACGAGCUGGGUCUUGAAUUGGACCACUCCACCUUGAUAGACGAUACAAGAUACCCGGAGACCGUCUCCUCUGGGGACCGACAACUCUGCCUGCUGAGCCAGUCGCAAAUAGACGCAGGGCCUGAUUCCAGAGUGACGAUUAUUGUCUCAGGUCUACACCGCAAUGGGAAGCUCUUGGCUGCUGGGAACGAUGUGUUGAAGGUCAACUUCAUCAGUUCUAGUCGAACAGUUCUGGCAGCCAGUGCAAUGGACGGCAUCAUGGCAUCGUGGGGCCAUAUGGUGCCACUGAGAAACAACGAAGAGUAUCACGUCUCGUUCAAGACUCUGGGCUCAUCGAAAGAUCAACAGACCGACGUCACGGUAGCCGAGAAACAGUUGUUUCACAGGUUCGAUGAAGAAGGAAAAGGCGAUUUUGCCAUCUGCGUUCGGCCUAGAGUUAAAGUGCCGAGGGCUGUCAAUGGGGAAGCGUGCAGCGAUAUCAUCCACUCCAGAGAUGUUGGCGCAGCGCCAGUUCUUCCCGUGGAGGAAAUGAAAUUAAGGACGGCGUCAGCAGAAGCUAUUCUGGUCACCUGGAAGCCUCCGGCGAAAGAGGAUGUUUCCAGCUACGUCGUGUCAUGGAACCUGGAAUAUUUCGGCAAUGACGACGAACUUCCAGCAGCAGACAGGUUGCUGUAUUUAAUGCCGCCAAGUUUAUUGCCUGGGGAAUUCAAGAUCCUCCCAGCGGGACAGAUCAGUUGGACUCUGUACAAUCUGCAGGAGAACGGCAGGUACCUGGUGUGCGUGGCUGCUGUGAAGAGAGGUCUCAUGGGUGCCAAGACCUGCGGCCUGGUUGAUCUAGACUCAUAUUACUCCUUAUCUUACCCCCUCGACGUCAAGUACAAAAAAGGAAUUGUCAUGUGGGACGGCAAGACGAAUUGCACCUGCCACGUAGAAUGGAAAUCUCUGACGGAAGGAACGAGCAACUAUAUUGAAGUCGAUGGCAAUUCUUACAAUUUGAGCCUGGGGCCGGGUGUCUGGGAGAUUACAGUGCGUAAUGUCACAGAAGGGGUUGCUAGUGGGGCAUCUAAAAUUCACGUUUCCGUUGAAGGUAUAGUUAUUUCGACCAAGCAGACUGGACAGUCAUCCCUGACUAUAGAGUGGAGCGAAAAUGAAGAAAUACCCCCAAUGAAAGCCUCCAGUACCACGUUCGCGUAUGAGGUCACCUUCUCCAAGGGCGGGAAGCCCCUGGACAGUCCCACAGUCAAGAGAUGCUCUGGGCGGAUGGACGAUUGUUCCUUACAGUUCACUCAUAAGCUCGUCUAUCCGAAAGAUGAGAUAUCUGUUGAUGUGGUGAACUUGAAUUCGAGUAUUUCAGCGAGGGUAUUCCAUCGAAUACGAGCUAUUGAAAAGAUAAAAUCGCUGUCAGCGAAGAUGGCAGAAAGCGACUCCGCCAAAGUCACGUGGGAUGAAGUCUACGAAGCCACGAGAUACAAUUACAUCCUCUACAACAAUCACCAGCGUAAAAGAAUUCUUCUGCGUGGGAGUCAGCCUGAAAAUUCUUUGCAACUGAACAUUCCCGAACUCGAAGGAUGUCUGUUCGCAGUGCAAGUCUGCAUAGGCGGCAACAUUUGCGGUGACUUCAGCACGGUGCCGUUAUUCGCUGGAACAAAUGAAAACAAUAUCAUCUUCAGUUUUGAAGUCGCCAUCGCUGGGGCGGCUUUCUUCACCUUUUUAAUUCUCUUCGCUUUCCGAAAGAAGAGUUCCAGCGGCCAGACUGGAAGAGACGGACACCAGACAUGCGCAGACGCUGCUGGACGCAUUCAAAAAAGUCUAUAAAUACAUUAAUAGCUCUUCUUCCCUUCCUUUGAUGAGGUUUGUUCACAGGUACAUAUCUAAUUCGCGUUGUCAAUCAGUUUUUAACAAUAAAUUAUCUAUUUUGAA